AUGGAUGCUUUUCGGGGGGUUUUAAAAUUCUUCCUUAACCAGAAAACUGCUAUUGGCUACAGCUUCCUGGCUCUGCUGACGGUGGGAAGUGAGCGUCUCUUCUCACUCGUGGCUUUUAAGUGCCCCUGCAGCACUGCGAAUCUGGUCUAUGGGCUGGUUUUCCUCUUUGCUCCUGCCUGGGUGUUACUGAUCCUGGGAUUCUUUCUGAACAACCGGUCGUGGAGACUCUUCACAGGCUGCUGUGUGAAUCCCAGGAAAAUCUUCCCCAGAGGCCACAGCUGCCGCUUCUUCUAUGUCCUUGGCCAGAUCACUCUGAGUUCAUUGGUGGCUCCAGUGAUGUGGCUUUCUGUGGCUUUGCUCAAUGGCACUUUUUAUGAAUGUGCCAUGAGCGGGACGAAAAGUUCAAGACUCCUGGGACUGAUUUGCAAGGGCAAGCCCAAAGAGUGCUGGGAAGAACUUUACAAAGUAUCUUGUGGCAAGACCAGCAUGACACCCACAGACAAUGAAGAAUUGAAACUGUCCCUGCAAGCCCAGUCUCAGAUUCUAGGAUGGUGCCUGAUCUGUUCAGCAUCCUUCUUCUCUCUGCUCACCACUUGUUAUGCUCGCUGCCGAUCUAAAGUUAGCUACCUUCAGCUGAAUUUUUGGAAGACGUAUGCACAAAAGGAAAAGGAACAUUUGGAAAAUAUGUUCCUGGAGUAUGCCAACGAGCUGAGUGAGAGAAACCUUAAAUGCUUUUUUGAAAACAAGAGGCCAGAUGUCUUCCCCAUGCCCACCUUUGCGGCCUGGGAGGCUGCUUCUGAGCUGCAUUCUUUCCACCCAAGCCGGCAACACUACAGCACCCUCCAUAAGGUGGUGGAGGAUGGGCUGGAGCUGAGCCCUGAGGAUGAUGAGACCUCGAUGGCCCUUGUGGGUACCGCCCACAAUGUGUAGUUCACCCAUCAUCACUGACUCACAGUGUCCAAGGAUAUACUCAUUCUGAUAUCUUCCUACUGCAUCAACAGCAACCUGUAUAUCUCUGUUUUCUCACAGUUAGUGUUUCUUUAUGAGACAAUAACACAAAGUGAAGCAGUUUUGCAGCUCCCAAGUGCAGAUGGUGUCAGGAUGUGUUCAAACUGAUGCUGAGUGACUGACUGGUCAAGGAUGAUGACAAAGGUGCUUUCCCAUCUGUUGGGGAUUGGGCCAGCUGCUUCAAGUUCUAAGAUUUUAUGAUUCGACAGUGAGACUCAUGCAAGAGGGUCUGCCACUCUCUGUAAAUAUUGAUGAUGGCAUCUGGGGACAGAAGCAGUGACUUGUGAGUGAGUCAACAUAGACUCUUGUACAUGGUGAGAUCUGUGGUGUAGUCAGAAGGAGUCCUUGUCCUGUAAAUCUAUCCUAUCGCCUUUCAAGGAUUCUGCCAUUUGAAAUUCAUUCCCUUGGAAUCUGAAGAUAUCUGUUCUCAACAAUAACCAAUUGAAAGGACACGGUUCCUAAAAUUCAGAGCUUUUCAUACGUUUUCUCUGUGUACUGAAAGAAUGUCUCUACAGGCAGGGCUAUAUUACGAUUUGUGUGGGUCCUAGGCACUUUUGCCUUCAUGGACCCCUUUCUAUAUUAAAAAAUACACACACGUGUGCAUGCACACACAUAUAUUUAUAACUGUAUUGAUAUAAAGACAAAUAUUUUAAUAUUACAUAUUAAAACAUUUUCUUCAGCAUAAAGUUCAUUUAUUUCCUUCUGAUUUUAAAAUAAAUUAAAAAUGUUUUGUGGGAGUCUGCAAGUAUCAUGGGGCCUAGGCACAGUCGCUACUGUGCUGAAUGGGUAAGUCGGCCCUGCCUGGAGGUCUGGGGAAACUGUUCAAAGCAG